CAAUCCUUACAUUAUCUCAUCACAAUUUCCUGCUCUUGCUUCACAAGCACUUCUUUUUAGUUUGAUCUUUCUCCAACCCUCCUGUUGGACCAAUGGCUCUUGCACAACUUUUUCUGGUGGGCUUCUUCUCCAUAGCCAGAUUUGGAUUUGCACGUGGCUGGACAAGUGCCCAUGCCACAUUUUAUGGCGGUGGGGAUGCAUCUGGCACAAUGGGUGGUGCCUGUGGUUAUGGAAACCUGUACAGCCAAGGAUAUGGCACAAACACAGCAGCUCUAAGCACUGCUCUCUUCAAUAAUGGCCUCAGCUGUGGAUCCUGCUACCAAAUCAAGUGCAACGAUGAUCCACAGUGGUGUCUUCCCAAUACAAUAAUGGUGACCGCCACUAACUUCUGCCCUCCAAACAACGCACUUCCUAAGGAUGCAGGGGGAUGGUGCAAUCCUCCAUUAGAGCAUUUUGAUCUCUCGGAGCCUGUUUUCCUACACAUUGCAAAAUACAAGGCUGGAAUUGUCCCUAUCCUUUACCAAAGGGUACCCUGUCAGAGAAGAGGAGAAAUCCGAUUCACCAUUAAUGGCCACUCAUACUUCAACCUGGUUCUCCUCACAAAUGUUGGGGGAGCAGGAGAUGUUCAAGCAGUUUCCAUCAAGGGCUCCAAGACUGGCUGGCAACCCAUGUCUCGCAAUUGGGGUCAAAAUUGGCAGAGUAACAGCUACUUGAAUGGCCAGAGCCUGUCCUUUAAAGUCACCACAAGCGAUGGAAAGACUGUUACCUCAUACAAUAUAGCUCCCAGCAGCUGGCAAUUUGGCCAGACUUACAGUGGUGCUCAGAUACACUAAAUGAUGGUUAAAAUAUGCAGGCUAUUGUGUUUUUUUCUCUCUAGUUUUUUCACCUUUUACCUUUCUACGUUUGUGAGCUUAUUCAUAGUUUUACUCUGCAAACCACUCUGCAUUUAUCCUGAUUGAUCAUUACAAAUGGUGUACACUGGCACCAGAUUUCUGGGGCAAGAGUGACAUUUAUUCUAAGCAGAAUAAUUGUCGAAAGAAAAAGGAUCACAGUUUUAUGGUUCAUAACGAGAAUGAAUGAAUGAAUCAUAUUGUAUGUAAUUGUAUUGGGUUAAAGCGCCAGACAGAGGUGGACAACUAGCACCCGCCCUUCUGCGCUGUGAUUGCCAUCGUUCUAAUGGCUUCAACUGUAUUGCAAGAGCAGAGAAUUUCUAUUAG